GGCUUUCUUCUGCUUCUCGCCCUGGACUGGAGAAGUGAGGGGGCAUCUAUCUAUCCUCGUCCAUCUCUUUCUCGCUUCAUCCAUUCCCGAGGGGAUUUCAGACCGUGCAAUGUGUUUUCAGCCUUUUGCCGCUGCUACCACUUGAUACUAUGCGACGCGCGGGAGAGGGUUUUGCGAAAAUGGAUUUAUUCUAUUUUAAAGGAUUUCUUCUCUAAUAAGGAUCUCAUUGCACACAAAUAUGACUAAAUCCCCUAUUUGGUAAAUCUUUCUCUACCCCACCCCUUCUCUUUGGGUUCCCUCCCGCCCGCGCCCCCACCCCUUCAGAGGAGCAAGCACAGGGAGCUGAUGACGGACCCAUUAAUCCCUUCUUCAAUGCAUCAAAAGAAGCCGAAGGGCUGGAAGUCGCUGGGCUCGGAGUCCUGCAGGAAAUGCUUCGAUCUGCUUUUGGUUCUGUAUGAAACUGGUGACUAGGGGCUCGGCUCGCUCCUCCGCCGCCGCCCGCCGGCACCUGGAUGCGCGGGCCGCCGCCGCCGCCGCCUUGCCCGCCGCCGCGAUGCAACGCUCCUGGCGGUGCUGGUGAUCGCUCGGGUGUGAUGGGAUUGAGCCGGCGGUGAUCAUUUGAAGGCGGUGAGGGAGAGCGAAGGAGAGGAAGGGCUGCUCCGCUGUGCUGUGUGUGUAGGGGCUUCGGGAUUUUUCUUUUUCUUCUUCUUUUCUUACUUCCAUCCUCUCCCCGCCACUGGAAGUCCUCCCGUAUCUAAAUGGAAUUAGUGGAGACCGAAGCCCCUUGUGUAAGGAACAGACAUGACCCAUGGACGCAGCUUCUUUCACAUUGUAGCAAGUCUAAUCAUCCUACAUUUGUCUGGGGCAACGAAAAAAGGAACAGAAAAGCAAACUGCUUCCGAAGGACAGAAACCAGUGCAGUGCGGAACUUGGACCAAAUAUGCAGAAGGAGGCAUCUUCACUUCUCCAAAUUACCCCAACAAGUAUCCUCCGGACAGAGAGUGUGUCUACAUUAUAGAAGCUGCUCCUAGACAAUGCAUUGAACUACACUUUGAUGAAAAAUAUUCCAUAGAGCCUUCUUGGGAGUGUAAAUUUGACCAUAUUGAAGUACGAGAUGGACCUUUUGGCUUUUCCCCAAUCAUUGGACGUUUCUGUGGACAGCAAAAUCCACCUAUGAUAAAAUCCAGUGGCAGAUUCCUGUGGAUUAAAUUUUUUGCUGAUGGUGAACUAGAAUCUAUUGGGUUUUCUGCUCGGUACAACUUUACACCCGAUCCAGAUUUUAAGGACCUUGGCGUUUUGAAACCAUUGCCAGUUUGUGAGUUUGAGAUGGGAGGACCUGAAGGAAUUGUGGAAUCUGUACAAAUUGUCAAAGAAGGAAAAGCUUCUGAAACUGAAGCAGUAGACUGUAAAUGGUACAUCCGAGCGCCACCCCGAUCCAAGAUCUAUUUGCGAUUCUUGGACUACGAGAUGCAGAAUUCCAAUGAAUGCAAAAGGAAUUUUGUAGCUGUCUAUGAUGGAAGCAGCUCCGUGGAGGAUUUGAAAGCAAAGUUUUGCAGCACUGUUGCUAAUGAUGUAAUGCUGCGGACAGGUCUUGGUGUAAUCCGCAUGUGGGCAGAUGAAGGCAGUCGAAACAGCCGAUUCCAGAUGCUCUUCACAUCUUUCCAAGAACCCCCUUGUGAAGCCAACACAUUCUUUUGCCACAGUAAUAUGUGUAUAAAUAAUACACUGGUCUGCAACGGACUCCAGAACUGCGUGUAUCCCUGGGAUGAAAACCACUGCAAAGAAAAAAGAAAAGCUAACCUAUUGGACCAACUUACCAAUACCAGUGGGACUAUAAUUGGGGUGACUUCUUGCAUUGUGAUCAUCCUCAUUGUCAUAUCUAUUAUAGUACAGAUCAAGCAGCCUCGUAAAAAAUUUGUCCAAAGGAAAACAGACUUUGAUCAAAAUGUGUUCCAGGAGGUGUUUGAGCCUCCUCAUUAUGAGUUAUGCACCCUCAGAGGGACAGGGACUACAGCUGACCUUGCUGAUGUUGCAGAUGACUUUGAAAAUUAUCAUAAACUGCGGAGAUCCUCUUCAAAAUGCAUUCAUGACCAUCACUGUGGAUCACAAGUGUCUAGCAUUAAGGGCAGCCGUAGUAACCUCAGCACAAGAGAUGCUUCUGUCUUGACAGAAAUACAACCCCAGCCUGUAAAACCACUUGUUCAACCCAUGAACAGGAGAAAUAUCCUUGUCAUGAAGCAUAGCUACUCACAAGAUGCUGCAGAUGCGUGUGAGAUAGACGAAAUUGAAGAGGUACCAACCACAAGCCACAGGCUGUCCAGACAUGAUAAAUCUGUUCAGCGCAAACAUGAGUCUGAGUACAACACAACUAGGGUCUAAGAGACAAACCUGAGACUGCUUGAGAAUAGUGCGCUCCUGGGUGAUUUUGAACAUGCUACAAUGAAAUGUGAAACUGUCGUCCUCGGAAACACCAGCUAGAGGUUUUAUGGACUCUGACCAGCUAUUCUCAUGUCAUGACAAAAUUCAGCAAACAGUGUUGAGUAAAAUUACUAGAAGGCAAUAAGACUUUGGUUAUUAUGCUUAUCAGUCAUUUCUCUUUUUUCUUUUUCUCUCUUCUUUUCGUUACAAUUUAAAUUCCCAAUUUCAGGAACAAUUUAUUGAAAUCAGGUAUUUAGCCAUUCAUAAUCACUUCAAUAGAAGCAUUUGUUGGAUAAGCAUCUAGCAAUAUGACUGAAUUUGACAUUGAGAAAUUAAUCUGCAUGUUUGUUACUGAAUAUUUGAGUUGGCAAAAAUCCCUUUAUUAGAUACAUUGUAAAAAGCAUGCAUUCACAAUUAUUGCUGUUACUGUUCCAUUUCUGUGUCAUAUGCUUGCUACUUGUAACUUUUUAUAUAAAAAUACAUAAAAAAAUGUAUAAUAAUUUCGUACCUUGAGUUUAAUGGCAAUGUUUUCUUUUACCUAAUUUAUCAAUCCUGUGUAAUUUGGGAGAUUGACCUCAAAAAGUAUCUUCUAGGAAUUUAAAACCCAGAUACAGCAGGAAAUCAUCUGUCUCUCAUCCCUCACUUACUGAAAAGCAAAAUACAUUUUUUUUUACGAUUUAAAUGGAUUCAUAUUACAUAAAGCUGAUCACUUAAUUUAAGUUCAGAGGUUUGUGUUAAGCUAUAUGCUCAAUUCUGUACUCUUCAUUAAUUUAUUUCCAUGGUAAUUAAUAAGAAGAUUGCUUCAAUGUAGUAGAGUGGCAGAUAUUGAUCGGUUACACAAAUGUUAUGUCUGGGUUCCAAUUUUAGAAAUACAGAUAUGAACCACUUCCCUAUGCAAGACAAAAUUAUAUUCGUAAUUCAAGCUACAAAUAUUAGCAACUGACACCAAAAUUACACCUGAGAAGUUGCGUUAUUAUAGGUUGAAGAGCCAAAAUUAUGUAAAGUUGAAAGUCCUCUUAUUUAAGAAUUCAGUAACCAUGCAUAAAAUCAUAGUUUCAUUAUCUAUGUAAAGUGUUACCUUCCAAAUUCUGUUUUAAAACAAAUCCCAGUUCCUUCUUAAGCAUCUUGUGUCAUUCAUGGACGAUAUAAAAAUGUUGCUAGAUUUAUUGAAAAAAGCAUAAAAAAUUCCAUGUAUCUUCCCAAAGUAUAAAAAGAUGGGAAAAGAGAAAACCUGAAAGACUGACAUAAAAAAUAAGGUGAGCUGUUUAAAUAUACAGGAUCUAAUUUGUAUAAUUAAAAAUACAGAAAAUUUGAUUUCUACAAGUGUGAUUUAGGAAUGACAUGAAAAGAUGAAGGGUUUUAGGUAUUUGAUUACUUUUUUUGUACACUAAAUUUACAUUAUAUUUUACACCACUCGUUUUUAGCUUGAUUAAAUUGUUUGCUCUCACAUAUUAGCUGCAAAAGACAGUCCUCUGUCCUCUCCAGUCAUUGAGAGUCAUUGAGUCAUCCCUCAGUUACAUGGGUUUGUAGCAUGCACUAAUAGUUCAUUUCCAGAUCAAUAUCUCUUUAUAAUUCAUAUACUUUAUCACUGCUUUUUCCCUUAAUCUUAUCAAAUCCUAGCUCAUCAUCCUUUCUUAAGUAUAUUAUAUUAUUUGCCACAUACAUGCUUAAAAUGGAUGCAUCUAUGCAUCCAUUUUAAAAUAAAGGAAGAAUGGAAGACUUGUUAGAAGAAGUGCAUAUACAGCCACAAACAUUGAUGUAUAUUUAUAAAUAUUUGCUAAUGGAGAUAGUGCAUAAAUAAAUAUAAAAGGAAAAUUCUAAAUAUUAAUUUAGCUUUGGAUGAAUUGUAUUGGUCUCAGAAAAAUGCUUAACUUUUGGUUUUUAUAAUUGCUAUAUAUUUAAGUGCCUAA